AUGGCGAACGCCGCAUUCAAGCCCGACAAGGACUUUACCAAGGAGGUCGACCAGCAGAUCCCCCAAGCAGAAUUGCUCGCUAAGAACAACCUUCAAGGGGCCAUCGAACAGCUCGCCCUGCUCGAGAAGCAAACACGUCAGGCUUCCGAUCUUGCCUCGACAUCCAGACUCCUCAUCGCAAUUGUCACGCUGUGCAAGUCCGCAGGUGACUGGGAUCUUCUCAGCGACCAAGUAACCAUCCUGUCCAAGAAGCAUGGACAACUCAAGCAAGCCAUCCAGAAGAUGGUACAAGCCGUCAUCGACUUCCUAGGCGAUAUAUCGAACAUUGACAGGAAGGUUCAAGUUAUCGAGACCCUGCGAACGGUCACGGAGGGCAAGAUCUUCGUCGAGGUUGAGCGUGCCCGUGUCACCAAGAUUCUCUCGGACCUCAAGAAGGACCACUAUGGCGAUGUCAAGGCGGCCCGUGAUAUUCUCUGCGAGCUGCAAGUUGAGACUUUUGGAUCCAUGGACCGGAAGGAGAAGACAGAGUUCAUCCUUGAUCAGGUCGCCCUCUGUAUCCAGACACAAGAUUGGAGUCAGGCUGGCAUCCUCAGCCGGAAGAUCAGCACAAAGUAUCUGCAGAGCGCCACGGACGCAACGCCCCUGAAACUCAGGUACUAUGAGCAGCAGGUGAUCCUGGCGAAGAGCGAGGACAGGUAUUUGGAUGCAUGCAAGCAUUACAGGGAGGUUCUCGAGAUCCAGUCCGUGCAAGACGAUCCAACGCUCUUCAAGGCCACUCUCGCGCGUAUCAUCUACUUUGUCAUCCUUGCACCUCACGACAACGAGCAGCAUGACUUGAUGCACCGGAUCAAGGCGGACACGCGCAAUGCCCAAGUGCCCCUCGAGGCCAAGCUGCUCGAGGAGUUCACAGUCCAGGAGCUCAUGCGCUGGCCCAACGUGGAACAAAUAUACGGCCCCCAUCUUUGCCAAACAGACAUCUUCGACGCACAGCUGGGCACCUCUUCCGACCCCAAAGCCAACCAGCGAUGGCAGGACCUGCGCAAGCGUGUCAUUGAGCACAACGUCCGAGUCAUUGCCAAGUACUACACCCGCAUCCGAAUGGACCGUCUGACACAACAUCUGGAUCUCACGGAGGAUGAGACUGAGAAGUAUAUUAGCGAGCUCGUCACUUCCAAGAUGGUGUAUGCUCGGAUCGACCGUCCCGCUCGCAUUGUCAGUUUUGCGCAGCCGCGGAGCGUUGAUGACAUCUUGAAUGAGUGGAGCUACAACAUGAAGGAUCUGCUCAGCCACCUCGGCAAGAUCGAGCACCUAAUUACCAAAGACGAGAUGAUGGCUAGCAUCCAGCCCUCGGGCAAAAAGGCUGCGACAAAGGGCUAG